UACAGAUCGUGGGCGUUUUCUUUACACUGUUGCUGCAGAGUUUAAAGCUAGCCUACAGUACAGGCUGUAAUCGGUAACGAUAUCACAAAAAGGACCCCAACAUUGUCUUCUUCAACCAAGAAGACCUUAACAUUGUCAUCCACUGGACAUAGCUGUGACCACCUUCUCUAGAACAGCAAUGCCUCCUCCAGUGCGCCACAGAUCAAUGCGCGUCUUUAUGAACGAUGACCGCCACGUCAUGGCCAAACACUCUGCCAUCUACCCAACUCAGGAGGAGCUGGAAAGUGUACAGAACAUGGUGUCUCACACAGAGCGAGCCCUCAAGGCCGUCUCUGACUGGCUGGAUAAACAGGAGAAGGGAACUGUCAAGCCCGACCCCGAUAGCACAGACGUUGAUAAGGAAAGUGAGCACAAGGAUCAGGCCACUCGCUCUCUGCGUGGCGUAAUGAGGGUGGGCCUGGUUGCAAAGGGUCUGCUGCUGAAGGGAGACCUGGAUUUGGAGCUGGUGCUCCUCUGUAAAGACAAGCCAACCAUCAGUCUGCUGAAGAAGGUGUCGGACAACCUUGUUACCCAACUCAAGUCUUUUACAGAAGACAAAUACAUUGUAACCCAGAACAUCCGUGAAGCCAGCAUCGUCAUAAAAAACACUAAAGAGCCCCCUCUAACCCUCACAAUCCACCUGACAUCCCCUUUGGUUCGUGAAGAGAUGGAGAAGGCUGCUGCUGGAGAAACGCUUUCAGUCAACGAUCCCCCGGAUGUUCUGGACAGGCAGAAAUGCCUAACUGCCUUGGCAUCUCUACGCCACGCUAAGUGGUUCCAGGCCAGAGCCAACGGGCUGCGCUCCUGUGUCAUUGUCAUCCGGAUACUAAGGGACUUGUGUGUCCGCGUCCCCACGUGGGCCCCGCUUCGUGGCUGGCCACUGGAGCUCAUCAGUGAGAAAGCAAUUGGCACAGGAAACCGGCCUAUGGGUGCAGGAGAGGCUCUGCGCAGAGUUUUAGAGUGUCUAGCUUCAGGAAUCCUCAUGGCAGAUGGUGCUGGAAUUUCUGAUCCAUGUGAGAAGGACGCCACAGAUGCUAUCGGUCAUUUGGACCAGCAGCAGAGAGAAGACAUAACGGCGAGUGCACAACAUGCCUUAAGACUGUCAGCUUUUGGACAGCUUCACAAAGUGCUUGGAAUGGAUCCUCUUCCUUCGAAAAUGCCCAAAAAACCUCGAAACGAGACUCCCGUUGAUUAUACAGUGCAAAUCCCACCCAGUACGGCAUACAUCCCACCAAUGAAAAGACCUAUUGAGGAAGAGGAGGGAACCGAUGACAAGAGUCCAAAUAAAAAGAAGAAAAAGCUUCAGAAGAAAUCUACAGAAGAAAAGGCUGAACCCCCUCAGGCUAUGAAUGCCCUGAUGAGGCUGAAUCAGCUGAAACCUGGUCUUCAGUAUAAACUGAUUUCUCAGACUGGUCCAGUUCAUGUUCCAGUCUUCACUAUGGCUGUAGAGGUGGACGGGAAGACCUUUGAGGCUUCUGGUCCAUCCAAGCGUACUGCCAAGCUGCACGUAGCCGUUAAGGUGCUGCAGGACAUGGGCCUGCCAACUGGAGUAGAAGUGAAAACCAACGAGCCGACAGUAAAACUGGAAGAGCCGGUGGUAGCAGCUGCAGUGGAAGAGUCGAAGCCAGUGGUAACACCGACCGAAAUGCCUACUCCUGCAGCUGCAGCCGCCAACGCAGACCGCUCAGAAGCCGCUGAGAGCGCUCGCCAACAGGGACCAAUUCUGACUAAACAUGGGAAGAAUCCCGUCAUGGAGCUCAAUGAAAAGAGGCGGGGCCUCAAGUAUGAGCUUAUUUCAGAGACCGGCGGCAGCCACGACAAACGCUUCGUCAUGGAGGUGGAGAUCGAUGGACAGAAGUUCCAGGGUACAGGAUCCAAUAAGAAGGUGGCCAAGGCGUAUGCAGCGCUGGCUGCUUUGGAGAGUCUCUUCCCGGAAGGCUCUGUGCCGGAGGCUGCUAAGAAGAAAAAGGGGCCACCUGUGCACACUUUGGGGUUUGGCAUGAUGGGAGGCGGAGAAGCAGGUACGCCCAGGGGCCGAGGGAGAGGAGGGCGAGGUCGUGGGAGAGGCAGAGGCUUCAAUAAUGGUGGAGGAUAUGGCCAAGGAGGUGGUUUUGGAACAUACGGCUAUGGAAACAGCACCAACUCCGGCUACAAUUACUACAACAAUGGUGGUGCAAAUGGAGGCGCUGGGGCGUUAAGCAGCCCGCCUGGUGGCCCUCCAUCCAGCACAGCACAAGGAUCAGCACAGGGCCUCUAUGGUUCAUAUUACCAGAGUGAAGGAGCCUACGCCACCUCUCCUAUCAACAAACCCCCCAAAAAGAAACCUCUAAUACACAAGGGUGGGAAAGCAGUCUUUUCAGGUCCCCCAGGGGGGAACAUGGGCCCUGCAGGAGGCUACCAGCCCAGCGGCGUAGGGCAGGGGUCAUAUAACCAGUACGGACCAGGGAAGAAGAAUUUUAACCAGAACCAGGGAGGGACAGGUGGUUACCCAUACAGCACUGCUUACCCAAGCCAGGUGACUGGCGGUGCUGGAGGUAACCAAGACUACUGCUACGAUGGCUUCAGCAGCCAGUCCAGUUACAUCUCACCGGGAGGCAGCAACCAGGGCUUUGGCUCCAACCAUUCUCAAUACCACAACCCAGGCUACGGACGGGGCGAUGGAGGGAUGGGCUACCAGUACAGAUAGACCAUUCUCCCUCCACCCUCUGAAUCAUCAGCACCAAGCUCCCUGCAUCCGUGUCUCAAGCCUUCUCCCAAAGAAAGUGGCUGACAACUUGCCCGUGCUCUCUGCCUUUUCCAUGUUUUGCUUCCUAUGUGCUGUUGAGUUUGUAUGUAGCACACGUGGGCACAAAAAGAGAUUUGUGGACCUUUUUUCUUUCUUUUUUUUUUUUUUUUUUUAAUUAAAUGUCAGAGCUAAGUUGUGAACCUAGUGGUCUGUUUCAGUGGUCUGGUCAGUGCUUAGUCCUGUGUUUUCUUUUAUUUCUGUUAUUUUAAUUUAGCUGCCAGUCCUUGUCCUCAUCCCUAAAUGUGAAGACUGAUGCUACAAAUUACUCACGUGCUGGCUCUGGUUUGGUAUCUUUCUUAUAGCGUGGUAACAGCAUUUUACCCAUGAAACUAGUAAAAUGUUGUUUAAACUACAAAGUUUUUUUUCUGUGCUUGAAAACAAUGUACUUUCAAGCUUGUUCUUUCUGCAGUGCUUGUAAUUUUGGCUUAUUUUUGUAAUUUUACCAGAUGUGAUGUAGUUAUUUUAACUAAUGGUUUUGAAGAUUACUAAACAUUUCUCAAAUCCACAUUUCUGCUCAAUAUAGCUUUAGGAUUGAGUGGGAUAUGUUCCUUUGUGUUUGUAUCAAUAAAUGAUUUUUAUUUUAAAUUA